AUGAGUCAGGAGAGGGAGCGCAGGUCCCCAGGCCUGAACCUGCACAUGUCAGCAGCCUUCCCAGAGAACAGCAGCAGCGCCCUGCAGGUCUACUGUCACCAGGAGGGCGUCAAGGACGUGAUCAUUCCCGAGCUGAUGAAGAAGCUGGACAUCCUGGGAGACAACGGGAAUCUUCGUAACGAGGAGCAGGUGGUGGUGAUCCAGGCGGGCACGGUGCUGUCCCUGUGUGAGAAGUGGCUGAAGCAGAUUGACACCACUGAAGCAGCCCUGACCCAGAAGAUGAUUGACCUGGAGAAUGACAAGGACCUGUUCAGUAAGCAGAAGGGCUUCCUGGAGGAGGAGCUGGACUACAGGAAGCAGGCUCUGGAUCAGGCCUACAUGAGGAUCAGAGAGCUGGAAGACAGGAUUGAGAACCAGAAGAAACAGAUCAAGGAAAUCGAGGAGAAGCUUUUAUUCUCUGGCCUUAAUGAAGCAGCGUACGGAACAACAUCAGGUACCAAGGUGCUCAGGUGGAGAAACAAGGAUGAAUCACGACAUAUUCAUUUUGUUUAUUUUUAUGCAUUUAUAGACUGCUCACUAAACCCUAUGGCCUUUUUGAUAAAUGUGCACUUUGAUAAACCAAACCGCCAUCUUGGAAUGCAAAAUAAAAGACAGGACUUUUCGUGA